AUGAGCCCGACGCUGGCUAUGAGGCCCAUGCACCACCCGCCAGCAUUCGAGACGAUCCCGGAGCUCGCCCCGGUCCUCGAGUACCAGUACUACACCAGCAGCGGCAGCGGCGCCAACACGUCCAGCAAUUGCAACAAUUCCGUCUCCUUUUCUGCGUCGCCAUCGUCACUGCAUUCGCGAAACACGGCCCGCAAGCAUUCGUCCGCCGUGCCGACAACAGUCACCGCCCCGUCGCAGCUCCCGCCGCUCGACACGGCGCUACCUCUGGCAUAUCCCAUGUAUCCUGGUUUACAGACGGCUUCAAAUACCAUCACCACCACCUCCACUACCGGCAUGUCCAACACCAACACCACAACAGCAAUCACCGCCGCCGGCAGCACCGCCGGUCCUCCCACAACCACCAUCAUGAGCCGCAGAGGCCAGGAGCCGCGUUCUCUGAACCGUCCGCGCAAGAUUUCCACGUCGUAUUCGCGCCGCGACGGCUCACCUUUCUCCCCCAAAUGCCCGUCCUACGAGACCUCGCAGCAGUACAGAAUCCAGUACCAGUCGCCAACAUCUUCAUCUCCGCCAUUGUCAAUACUCCCACGCCCUCCACAGCAGCAGCAGCAGCAGCAGCAGAGGAAGAAGAAGCAGAAGUCUCCGCCCGAGCAGCCCAACGCGCUCUUUGGCACGCUGCCCGGCGAGGUGCUCCAAGUCGUGCUCGAGUGGCUGCAAAGUGUACACCUCGACUCUUCCACGAGCACAAGCUGCGCAACGUGCUGGGCGCGCGACCUGUGCAGCCUUUGCCUCGCCUCGCGCAAGUGGUCCGAGGUUGCCCGUCUCGCGCUGUACCAGGAUAUCCGCAUCGUCGGCGACGACUCGGCCGCGCACCGCAAGCGGUUCAAGCUCGCGCAGGGCUGCCGCAUGACGCUGCUGCGGCGCACGCUCCGCGCCAAUAGCCACCUCGCGGCCGCGGUGCGCUCGCUGCAGCUACCCAUGCCUGUUGGCGACAGCUGUGACGCAACGCCAAGUAGUAGUAGUAGGGCGGCGGGAGGGUUGUCGCCAAAGCAAGUCUACGAGAACCGCGUGGCUUCCCUCGUCAUGGCCUGUCCGAACCUCGAAGUUCUCGUGGGACCCGGGGCUACACACGACCACGACACGUUUAACCGCAUCACGCACGCGCUAUCCACACGCACAAACCUCAAGACGAUGAACUGGCGCAUCGGAGCGAGCAGCGGAUCCGGCAACGACCUCGUCGCUCGGCCGGGAUCGGCAUCCCACCGCGAAAGCAGCAGCGUCUUCUCAUCCGCACUCGCCUGCAUGCUGCCGCCGCCUCCGCCUCCGCUCAACGCCGCGCAAGAGACCAGCUUCCUCGGGCACCACCGUCAGUGGCAUUCUCUCGCCAGCCUCUCGGUGCACUGCCUGCCCGGCGCCUCGCUCGCGCCCGACACGCUGCUGCAGCGCGCGCUUACCUGCCUGCCCUCGCUCCAGCACCUGCACCUGAGCCGCGUGCCCGGCAACGCCUUUGGCGACGCCGCGCUGCUGUCCUUGCCCGCGCUGCGCUCCCUCACGCUCGCCCACCUGCCCGGCGUCACCGCCGGCGGCCUGUCCGCCUUUGCCACGCGGCCCAACAGCCAGCCGCUGCGCAGCCUGCAGCUCCGGCACACGGCGCUCACGUCGCUGCCCGCGCUCGCGCGGCUCCUCUCCCACCUGCCCAGCCUCGUCUCCUUUGCGCUCGUGCAAGAGUUUGCGCCGCUCAUGCCCACCGAAGACGACGGCGACGACGCCUUUGCGCUGUGGAUGAUGCCGUACCUGGCCAGCCGCACGCUCGUCCGGCUGCACUGGGAUAUUGUCGCGCGUCACCACCAUGCCCAUCAUCACCAUCACCACAGAGUGCAGCCCGCCGUCAGCGACGCCGACGAUAUUCUGGCGCGCAGCAUCGAGGCCGGCGGCUUCCCCGCGCUGCGCACGCUCCGCGCACCGAGCGACCCCGACGGCAUCUUUCAGCAGCUGUGCCGCCCGCGCGAGGUCAUUGCCACGUCGGCGGACCGCAUCUGGGCCAACGGCGGGCGUUGCGGCAGCAGCCACAGCCGCCAUCGGACCGGCAGCUUGAGCAGCAACAACAGCAGCAGCAGCAGCAACAUGGGACGACACGCGGUGCCCAGUCUACCCAAGUCGGCAACGGCCGCGUCACUUCCGACCGGCGGGCCCUUUGCAGCGGCCCCGCCAGCGACCCACGGCACCGACCUCCGCGCCGCUCGCAUGGCCGCACAGGCCCGCCUCGACGACGCGCGGCCGCGUUUUCGCUUCCAGGUCCAGGUACACUCAGACGAGGGCCAGCUGGUCGACGACUUUGGCUUGGGCGGCUACGUCGGCACCGUCGGCAGCCCCAUACAUUACUCGCUAGACCCUGACUGGGGCUCGUCUGACGCGCGCGGCGGCCUCGUCGACGUUUCGGACCUGACCGGCCCGGGCGGCGGCGGCGGCGGCGAUGACGAAGAGGAGGGCGAGGGCGGCUACGGUAAUAGCGGCGGCGUUUCUGGCUGCACUGGUAGCUGGAACUGGCGCGAGGGCGUCGUGGCCGACAAGAGGGAAAAGGAAACGUGGUGGCACACGGAGCGUGCACGGUGGGUUCGCCCACGACUCGACUAA